CACUAAUCUAUAGGUGGAUCGACUCAUUAAGUUCCCAUUAAAAUCCACGCAAACAAAAAAACACUUUUCAUUCGUUGGUUAUUUUCGGUAUUCGAAAAAGUAUGAAUCAAAAUAUGACUUUCAAAUUAAGUUUGGAAUAAGAAGAAAUGAACAAUCUCCUUUUUCGUUAUGGUAUGAGAAAAAAUUUGCCACUCACAAAGAUAAAGAGGCCAUUGAAGGGCCAGAGAUUUCUUGAUAUCUUAGCUCCAAAGCAAAAUGUGAUCAAGAAUCACCAAAACUGUGUUAAACUCAUUGAGGACUUUCUUCAAACAGGUUCUGUGCAAAAUUGUAAACACCCAUUGGAUAAAGAUAACUCUUUUUCGUAUUCAAAGGAAGAAGAUUCAGUCUCAUUGUUAUUUAGAUUUCAUAAAGAAGGGUGUAAAAUUGGGGUUAGUUUAGUAUCGAAUGCUAUGAGUUUGUGUGCAUCGAAAAGGGUUUUUAAUGUAGGGAUUCAAGUUCAUUGUUUGGUCAUUGUUAAUGGGUUUUUAUCCAAUGUGUAUAUUGGUAGUUCUUUGAUCACUUUUUAUAGUAAUUUUGGAGCAAUUGUAGAUGCGUACCAAGCGUUUGAUGAAAUGUCUGUGAGAAAUGUUGUGUCUUGGAGUGCUAUGUUAAAUGGUUUUGCGAAGGAGAAUGAGUUGGGUAUGUGCUUGAAGCUGUAUAAGGGUAUGAUGGGGUUGGGGUUGAAGGUUAAUGAAUUCGUGUUUACGAGCUUGUUGAGCGUGUGUAUGGGUAGUGGAUGUUUUGGUCAUGGAAGAAGUAUUCACUGCCAGAUUAUUGUUAUGGGUUUUGAGUCCUAUGUACAUGUUGCAAAUGCGAUUUUAUCAAUGUAUAGUAAAUGUGGGGAAGUAAAGGAUGCUAUGUGCAUUUUUGAUAAUACGAAGAGUAAAGAUUUGGUGUCGUGGAACUCGAUGAUUUGUGGAUAUGGACAGCAAGGACAUGCUAUUCAAGCUAUUGAACUUUUUGAGGAAAUGAAGAAGCAAGAAGUGAGGCCUGAUUCGAUUACUUUCCUUGGGGUGUUGUCUUCUUGCCGUCAUGCUGGUUUUGUUAAAGAAGGCAUGUCUUACUUUAACUCGAUGGUUGAUUAUGGUGUGAAGCCUGAGGUAGAUCAUUAUUCAUGUAUCGUGGAUCUUCUUGGACGAGCACGUUUAUUAGAAGAGGCUCGUGAGUUUAUCAAGAAGAUGCCAAUUCAGCCAAAUGGUGUUAUCUGGGGUUCCUUGCUUAUGUCGUGUAGGCUUCAGGGGAACUUUCGGUUGGGGAUUGAGGCUGCAGAGAAUAGGCUUGCACUGGAACCAUGGUCCACGUCUACUCAUCUGCAGCUGAUAAAUUUAUACGCUCGUUUAGGAUACUGGGAUCAGGCAGCUAGAAUGCAGAAGUUGAUGAAAGACAAUGGACUUAAACGGGAUCCUGGUUAUAGUUGGAUCGAGAUAAGCAAUCAAGUGUUUCGAUUUACUGCUGAAGAUAUAUCGAUGGGACAUAUUAAAUCGAUUGCUAGCUUGGUGGAUGUUUUGGUGGAUCACAUGAGAAGUUUUAGUGUAGAAGAAACUGAUUCCGGUGAAUAGUAAUGUAGAGAAGAUGCACAAUUUUGAGCUUAAUUCAACUCCAAAAGCUAGCUCAUCAAGCGUAUUUUCCCCGUGAAGACUAACGUGGGAGUAGAUAUGAGGUUCUUACAAUGAUAUGGCAGAUUCUUCCUGGCAUAAAUCAGGUCAUGUUACAUCAUUCAAAUAUUCUUACUUUAUAGUACCCAACACAGAUACAAUACAAUACAAAUGGCUAAAAUUGAGGCAAAUUUACUGAGGAGGUUUAUUAGUUUGUUUUACAAGACAGUCUAUUUCAAAGUUAUGUUUUGUGAUCCGUAAACGCUAAAAAAAGUGGUGCGGAUCAUAAAGAGGCAAUGGGUAUCGUUUACUAGGUC